AUGGGGCAGACGGCGGGAUCUCUUCCCUUGAAACGCUUCGUGAACCAUCCACGCGAGGUCGUCAACGAUGCACUCGAAGGUUACUUGUGGACGCAUCCCAAUGUACAACUCUUGGAUGGUUACCCAGAGGCGACAUGUGACGGGGUGGUCCGUACGGAGCAUGCCUGUUGGCUGUGCCUGUUGGCUUUAGCGCCAACAGGUUGCCCCAAUCUUUAG